CCCUUCGGCGAGGUGAGAGGUCAACCGAGCGCCGGUCGGCGGGGGCGACAAUGGCGGGGCUCUGGGUGAGCUUGGGCUCGCUGGUCGCGGCGGGACGGCGUGCGCGGCGGUCGCCGCAGCAGCUGAUGCAGAGCGCCGCGCUGUGGACCCUGAAGAAUGUUUCACACCAUUCAAGACAGCACUUAAUGGUGACCCGUAGUCUCUGUUCAGCAGGAUAUGAUUCUAAUGAAAAAACUUUUGAUAAAAUUCUUGUUGCUAAUAGAGGAGAAAUUGCGUGUAGGGUUAUUAAAACUUGCAAGAAGAUGGGCAUUAAGACGGUCGCCAUCCACAGUGAUGUUGAUACUAGUUCUGUUCACGUGAAGAUGGCGGAUGAGGCUGUGUGUGUUGGCCCCGCUCCCACCAGUAAAAGCUACCUCAACAUGGAGGCCAUCCUGGAAGCCAUCAGGAAAACCAAGGCCCAGGCUGUGCAUCCAGGGUAUGGAUUCCUUUCAGAAAACAAAGAAUUUGCCAAAUGUUUGAAACCCUUUUUUCUUUUAGCAGGAAAUACAUUCAAGUUCAGAGUCGGGGUCCUUUGGGCAGUUCAGCAGGUUUUCCAUGGCUUUCUCUCUCAUUUUUACACUGGUUUUACAGUUAUUCAAGUAUUAAUUCUUGGACUUCUGGACCGGGGACAAGAACUAAGUGUGGCACUCAGCUUGGCAGCAGAAAAUGUCAUUUUCAUUGGACCUGACACACAUGCUAUUCAAGCUAUGGGUGACAAGAUUGAAAGCAAAUUACUAGCUAAGAAAGCAAAGGUUAACACAAUUCCUGGCUUUGAUGGAGUAGUCAAGGAUGCAGAUGAAGCUGUCAGAAUUGCAAGGGAAAUUGGCUACCCUGUCAUGAUCAAGGCCUCAGCAGGUGGUGGUGGGAAAGGCAUGCGAAUCGCUUGGGAUGAUGAAGAGACCAGGGAUGGUUUUAGGUUUUCAUCUCAAGAAGCUGCUUCUAGUUUUGGUGAUGAUAGGCUACUAAUAGAAAAAUUUAUUGAUAACCCUCGUCAUAUAGAAAUUCAGGUUUUAGGUGAUAAACAUGGGAAUGCUUUGUGGCUCAAUGAAAGAGAGUGCUCAAUUCAGCGAAGGAAUCAGAAAGUGGUGGAGGAAGCACCAAGCAUUUUUCUGGAUUCUGAGACUCGGAGAGCAAUGGGAGAGCAAGCUGUCGCUCUUGCCAAAGCAGUCAAGUAUUCUUCUGCUGGAACCGUAGAGUUCCUUGUGGACUCAAAGAAGAAUUUUUAUUUCUUGGAAAUGAAUACCAGACUCCAGGUUGAGCAUCCUGUCACAGAAUGCAUUACUGGCCUGGACCUAGUCCAAGAAAUGAUCCGUGUUGCCAAGGGUUACCCUCUCAGGCACAAACAAGCUGAUAUUCCCAUCAACGGCUGGGCAGUUGAAUGUCGGGUGUAUGCUGAGGACCCCUACAAGUCUUUUGGUUUACCGUCUAUUGGGAGAUUGUCUCAGUACCAAGAACCAAUACAUCUACCUGGUGUCCGAGUUGACAGCGGUAUCCAACCAGGAAGUGAUAUUAGCAUUUACUAUGAUCCAAUGAUUUCCAAACUAAUCACAUAUGGUUCUGAUAGAACUGAAGCACUGAAGAGAAUGGAAGAUGCACUGGAUAAUUAUGUUAUUCGAGGUGUUAUACAUAAUAUUGCAUUACUUCGAGAGGUAAUAAUCAACUCACGCUUUAUAAAAGGAGACAUCAACACUAAAUUUCUUUCUGAUGUAUAUCCUGAUGGCUUUAAAGGACACAAGUUAACAGAGAGUGAGAGAAACCAGUUAUUGGCAAUAGCAUCAUCAUUGUUUGUGGCAUCCCAAUUAAGAGCACAACAUUUUCAAGAACCUGAAAAUUCAAGAGUGCCUAUUGUUAAACCACAAGUGGCUAACUGGGAGCUUUCAAUAAAACUGAAUGAUGAAGUUCAUACUGCUGUAGCAUCAAACAAUGGGAAAACGUUCUCUGUGGAAGUUGAUGGGUCGAAACUAAAUGUGACCAGCACGUGGAACCUGGCUUCACCCUUAUUAUCUGUCAACGUUGAUGGCACUCAGAGGACGAUACAGUGUCUUUCACGAGAAGCAGGUGGAAACAUGAGCAUUCAAUUUCUCGGCACAGUGUACAAGGUGCAUAUCUUAACCAAACUCGCCGCAGAAUUGAACAAAUUUAUGCUGGAAAAAGUGGCUGAGGAUACGAGCAGCACCCUUCGCUCCCCGAUGCCUGGCCUGGUGGUGGCCAUCUCCGUCAAGCCUGGAGACAUGGUAUCAGAAGGUCAGGAAAUAUGUGUGAUUGAAGCCAUGAAAAUGCAGAACAGCAUGACAGCUGGGAAAACUGGCAAGGUGAAAUCGGUGCAUUGUAAAGCUGGGGACACGGUUGGAGAAGGAGAUCUGCUCGUGGAACUGCAAUGAAGUAUUUAUAGCCUUUCAGCCGUUGCCCAAUUUAAUUAGCCAUUUGUAUUAUUAUUCUUUCACUCAAUUUAUCCAAGCAUUUUGCAGCAGAUUUUACAUGGCCAUAUUUAUUCCACAUAUAGUCAAAACCAACAUUCUGCCAAAAAAUCACCAAUGGAAAUUUUUACUGAUAUAAAUACUUGUACAUAUGAUUUGUACUUCUGCUAUGAGAUUUCCUAGUGUCAAAGUUAAAUCAAUAAAAUUGAGCGCUUGUCUAAA